AUGUCUAUCUUUAAUUCGGUCCUCGGCUCGCUCUCACCGCCGCGGCGAUUCAGAAAGUCCUUCGAAGACCCUCACGCGCGCGAACACGAACUACCACUUUACAACUCUCCGCCUUCUCCUCGAAUACCACCGCCUGUAACUUCCUCCGUACUAUGGCACGCCCCAAGAUCCAGUCUUUCUCCGCCGCCGCGCGUUCCCGACGACCUACUAGCUUUGCAACGGCGAGCCAGACAUCUCGAACAACAGCUGCAAGAGCUACUUGACGCACAAUCUGAUGGCCUGAUGGGCAGCCUUCGCGCAGGAGACGGUCGCGGAUCGAAUGGAAGCACCACACCAACUGUUAGCAGUGUUCGGUCCAGUGACCGAGGCGAGGACAGCGGAAACGGCCACAGCGCAACACGGAGCAAGAAAGUGGGACUAAACACAGCAAGGCAAGGCAUAUCUAAGCGGAUAAGGCAACUCGCCAGUAUCAAGGCCGAGGAACUAGACCUCUUAGAUGAGGAUCUGAGGAAACUGCAAAGCACAGUGGAGAAGACCGAUGCGUGGAGCCAGAAGCGUGUACGGCUCGCGAAGAAGAUCAGGGAUAUAGAAAGAGAAGACGCUGGCGCAAGAGCACAAACCUUACAAACGGAAGCUUCGAAGCUAGAACAGGAGAUUCGACAGAAGGAAGAAGAACUAUGGGCGCUGAAGAGACAACACCGGCGAGUCUUGGACGAGCUGGCUGAUACGGAAAACUCUGUGGAAGCAAAACUGGCAUCGUACAAGACAUCGCUGUCACUGUUAGAUCGGGAGGUUUCAAACUUCCUUGCCCGACCUCCAAACGCGGACCACGUACCAAUGUCGUCCUCUCCGUUCCUCACACUACCCGCGAAGCGAAGAACACUCGAAAUGGCGCGCGAAUACUGGCAAGACGAGUACACAAGGCUAGCUGAGAGGUGCGAAGAGGUCGACAGAGAUCGCGGUGCGCUUGACGAGGGCGCAGUACUAUGGACCGACGUCAUGAAAAGGGUGGCAGACUACGAGACAACCCUACAAGACUCUAUGCGGCCCACGGCACAGAAAAGCUCCCCAGAUCCCAAUAAGCUUCUCGAGCAAAUGGAUACAAUAAUUGCCUACCUCGAAGAGAAGCUAGAAUUUGCGUCGUCGCGAAGUUGGAACCUCCUGGUUUGCGCUAUCGGUGCCGAGCUGGAAGCGUUCAAUCAAGGCAAGAAUAUGUUAGAAGAGACUCUUGGGUUGAAACGAAAGGGCAAGGAACGAGCUACAGAACCGUUGAUAGGUCAUGAUGGUUUUGAGGCUAGGGAACCAGAGGAGAUGACGGGAUCUGCGAUCAGGAUCAGUCGGUCCCCGCCGAAGAAGGCUGCGUCGCCUAGACAAACGUACUUUGACUCUGAAGAUGAUGAUCCGGAUCCCGAACUCAUGAUUUCGCAUCAGGAUACAGAUACUGAUUGA